UCUGUUUAUUUUUUCGUGGUGAGUUCGUGUCAGAAAGUUGGUUUGCUCAAAAAUAAAAAAAAAAAAAAACUAACAAAAAUACAUUUCGAUUUAAGAAAUUUUACAAAAGAAUAAAUUACUUAAAUCAUCAUUACAAUGGAUAUGAGCUUAGAUGAAAUUAUAAAAACCAAAAAAAUUACACCUCCUUUUGUGAAAAAAGUGCCUUUUAAAAGUGCACCUUACACUUCCGGGAAAGUCUUCACCAAAGACUUUAGAAUAAAAGAUGCACGAUUGAAGAUUAUUGAGAGAAAUCGUUCGAAAAUUCGUGAUGCCCGUGAUAAAUUGGCCGAAAUCACUCGGACCGGAGGUGAUGCUCGUCUCCGUUUAGUGAGGAAGCAAGGAAUCAUUAGCUCAAGUCAACGGAAUAGAAAAGCGCCAGUGCCAAGAGUUCUUAGCAAUCGAAAUGCUAAAUUCGGACUCAAUGAACGUGAACGUAUACCAGAAGUUUUAGGAGUACCUCGCGGGUACGUUGACUAUGACAAUAUGGAGCGUUUGGAAGAAGAGGAGUAUGCGGCUUCAAUUAAUCGAGCGGUGAAGAAUGAACUCGCAUACGACAACUACAGGGCCGAAAGACAUGCCAAGGACCCUUGGGAUACCAACGGAGGUGAUCCUUUUGAACUGUACAAUAUUCCAAUAUCAAGGGCACCGCCAGAAAUCACGCCCGAUGAUGCCAUCCGAAGGCAGUAUCGCCAAAUGUCUCCAUCGAGAACAAUAAGGCAAUUGAGUCCCCCGUUUUCGAGGCGAUAUGUUCCGCAGCCGGCCUCUCAUUUGUCCUACGAAAUGCGUUCACGAUUAGAACACGCACCCGAUCGUAAUGUCUCCAUGGGAAUAUUCUCGAACCCCCUGAAACCACAAAAUAGUUCUCAAUUAUCGGGAUACCGAAUCGUAGUAAGCAAUUUAAACACUAGUGUCACUCAGGGAGACAUAAAGGAGCUCUUUGAAGAUCUAGGCGAGUUGUAUGAAUCACGUCUAGUGCGUCCGGGAAUAGCUGAGGUCAUCUAUAAGGAUCUGAAGGAUGCAGAAAAGGCUGUCGAGACAUAUCACAAUAGACAAUUAGAUGGGCAACCCAUGAAGUGUUUGCUGGUGAAUCCUCGUUCAUCCAGCAAACCGACUGCUCCUGCAAUAAAAAUUAUGAACUCAAAUACCACAAAUCGAGUGCCACCUGGAAAAAUUCCACUAGAAAUCGAUAUAGAUGCAUUGCAUAAAGUCCUCUUUCGUCGGCAUUGAUUAAAGUGAUUUUUAGUUAAAAACCAAUUUGCACAUUUAAAAAAAGCUCGCUUAUAUUUAUACAUAAUUAAGAAUCAUGAAUUCAAUAGAACAAAAAAAAAAAAAUGAAAAAGUAAUUAAUUAUUGGUUUUUGCGUUUAUAAAAGCAUUUUAGAAAAUAAUGUACACUGAUUGAUUUGCAUAAAAAUAAAAUUGAAUACUUUCUAGGAGUUUGUUUGUGGAAAAUAC